UGAUUGGGCAAAGCCUUGGCGCGGCCAUCCACGCAGCGCCAUUUCUCAUCGGGCGACGCCGCAGCGAUGGCAGCAGACGCUACUACGAGCUGUCGACAAGACGAGGACGCGCCGAGCUUGCACCGGCGGCCGACGCUGUCUCACCAGCUGAGCAAGUCGCAGCGCGAGGCCAUCGGGCGACUGCGCAUCACCAUGGGCAAGGCGCGGCCCAUGGACACUGAGGCCCAGUCCCGCACCGAGUUCAAGACCAACUUGGGUCUCGCCAUGCGCACGGGCCUCGGCGUCCUCAUCGCUUCUGCUUUUGUCACCAAGGCCUCGGGCGAGCACACGCCGGCGCGGCCAAAUAUCUGGGUCUGCUUUCCUGAGUGGUACAUCCUCGGCGGCAUCAACUUUAUCGCUGUCGCCUGCGUCUUUGCUGCUGGCCGCAACAUUGGCGCGACGCUGCGGGAAGUCUUCCAGCAAAAGCUCGGCGUCUUCCUUGCGUUCGCGUACAACGCAGUCCUCUUUCACUGUUUCCAGCCCCGCCUCUUUUACAGCGACGCCGAAGUACAAGCUGCUGUGCACGAUGGCACGCUUGUGCGCAUCACCACGUCCUUCAGCGGCACGCCGUACUAUGUCAACAACGGCGACGUCUUGACUGUGCUGCCGUUCAUGAUGGCCUUUAACGCGUUUAUUCUCCUCCUGCCCUUUGAAGCCGGGACCAAAAAGUUCUCGAUGGUCAACAACCUCAUUUUCGCCUUGACGGUCGUGAGCCCCAACGACUACAGCGACCCGGCCAAGCUCAAGGACGCGGCCAACGGUCUCUAUACGAGCCCGAUGAUCGUCAAGAACCUCUUUAUCUACAUGUGGCUCGGGCUCAUCGGCGCGUUCCUGUCGUUUCUCGUUGUCUGGGUGCCGUACCCGAUCUUUGCGAUCCGGAAGCUCCAGACGCAAACUCUGUCGGCGGCCGACACGAUCCACGACCUCUUGCACCUCGUCGUCGACGCCUACUGCUUCAAGAAGAAGAACGUCGAGCACAUGCACUUUCUACGCACCAAGAUCAAGCGCAAAUUUGAACUCGCCACACUGCAGAAGGACGCAAUGACAAGUCUUCUCAACGACGCGUGGUGGGAGCAGAUCCUCGGCCUCGCGCCGCUCCUGGGCUUCCAAAAAACAAUCACCAAGCCGUACAUUGAGCUCUACGCAUCGCUCCUCGACACGCUUCGCGCGAUGAACCAAGCGCUGCAGCUCGAGCACUACGACCGUCUCCACACGUCGUUCAUGGCUGCGUUGCAGCAAGAGGUGUGCAGCGUUCAAUUCCGCGCGAUCGCACUGCUCCGCGAGAUUUCGCUUGACGUCCACGCCAACCAUACAGAUCUGCAGUUGUCGCAGCUGCAUGCGCUGCAGACCGAGAUGGAAGCUCUCUUAUUGCGCUUUCAAGCGACGCAGAGCAAGCUCUUCCUCACGAUGCACCCGACGCCGUCGGACGUCGAAGGCAACAUCCCGCUCAACCUCUUCCUCUUUGGCCUCCAGUCGCUUUGCGCGGCGAUGGCCGAGUUUCCCGCCAAAGUUCGCAACGAGACCCACCACACUCCGUCGCGCAUGCUCAACUUUAUCAAGCGGUCGUUCUGGUCGUUUGUCGAUCCACGCAAGCUGACGCCGGCGCGGUUCCAGAUUGCAUUCAAAGUCUGGCUCGCCCUCCUUUUGUCCAGCCUUCUCGCCGUAUAUGUCUUUGGAUUUUCGUCCACGGCGCCAACGACAAUCGCCUACGUCAUGGGCAAUCAAAUUGGUGGGUCGUUUGGCAUCUCGUUGUUUCGCGCCGUCGGCGUCGUCGCCGGCGUCAUCGUGCCCUCGAUCGCGCUCUUCUUUGUCUGCACCUACAGCGGCGAGUACACGGCAGUGAUGCUUGUCCUUCGCAACUUGUUCUUCUUUGUCUGGACGACCGCGUCCAUGUAUGUGAAGUGGAAGGGCGGUCUCGACUCGUACGCCGGCCUCGUCUCGGCCUUUAUUGCCGCCGGGAUCUUGCUACCCGAUGACAUUUGUCCCGCGCCUGGCUCCUUGUCGUCCUACGCCAACGUCGUGCAAAUGACCCUCGGCGUCCUCCUCAUCGUCAGCAUCGAGCUACUCUUUUGGCCCGAGAGCGCCUACAAGCUCCUCCGUCGCAACGUUCAGAUGCACCUCGGCCUCUGCCGAGUCGCGUUCAGUACGCUCGUGGAGCACACCCUCCUGUGUGAUGGCGCGAGCGACCUCUCGCAGUUGGCAGCGGUCAAGACGGCUCUACAGACGACUGCCCCAUCGUGUCUCAACGACCAGCGAAUAUUGCUCAAGGAAGCGCUUUUCGAGCCGCGACUGUGGCGUCCGGCCUUCUCGCAGCCCAAGUACACGGCGAUCGUCGAGGGCUGUCAGCGCCUCUUGACCAACACGACGAUUCUGCUGCAGCUUGUCGAGUGGUUCCUGCGUCGACACGCGUCAUUGGCGUCGUGCGACUUGCCCCUCGAGCUCGGUCCGUCGAUCCACGAGACCUUCGAGACUCUGGACACGCUCUUUGGCGAGCGCUUCCAGUUCGCCGACGCCGACCAGACAGCGCUGUUUGUGCAGAUGAAGGAAGCGUUCCAGCUCGCGGACAAGCAGGGCAGCGGGUAUGUGGAUGCGAGUGACGUCAAGGUGCUGCUUCUGCACGUGUUUGAGCAGUCGGGCGUCUUGCCAAUGGACGCGGUCGACGAGUACGUGGCCGACUUUAUUGAGAUCGUCAACCAAGACAAGUCGGGCAAGGUCUCGCUCGACGAGUUCAUGCGUGCGCUCGAGAACGGCUUGCUGCUCGAAGUGGAGGUCCUUCCGACGCAGAGCAGCGCCCAUCUGCUCUCGGCGACAGCGUUGCAAGAAAUCUCCAUCGACGGUAGCCCGCUCUUGACGCCGACCAGUCGACUGCCCGAAUAUUUCUUGGACGACGGCGUCCGUCGCGCCCACGACAUUUUGGACGUCGAGACGUUCUCGCUGCUCCAUGCUGCCGACGCCAUGCGCCAGUCGUACGCGGCGUGGCUGCUGCAGGACGACAGGUACAAGGGUCUCGCACUCGAAGAACUCCUUCUUCUCAACAGUCUGGUGAGUGGCAUGAGCGGCAUCGCGCACAACUUGGCGCUGCUCGAAGAGACCGUCGUCCAACCCUAAUAUCCCCGAACCUCGAUAGACUAGAUAUCUAAACUCUCUCAACUUAUUCUACCUGCA